GUCUUGCAAUACGGUGCUACAUAGUCUCCAUGAAGAGAAUUCCCUUAAAUACGGUCGUUGUGGCUAGCCCGCAAUGGCCCUCUUUCUCGUUUCCCAGUCACGUUCUAAUUCAACAUGGCUUCUACCGCAACGCCUAGUCUGAACGACCUCGCUUUCCAGAUUUCGGGCUUGACGUAUAAUAUAUCCAAGUUCUUGGAGCAGAAUCGACAUCCUGCGCCUUCAUUUGCUGCCGAUGGUCCUCCGCGUUUUCCAGACUCAGCCCCGGCAGAGAUCCAGGUUGCUCGCCAGCAGCUGCUCGAGCUGACGCUCAGCCUGCACAAUUUAAUCCUCGGACCAGAAGAAAGAGUGCGAACACAAACCGCUGAGUACGUCAAUCCAGCGACGCUUCGAUGGAUUGUGCAUUUCAAGGUAGCCCAGCACGUGCCCAAGGAAGGCAGCAUCUCCUAUUCGGACCUUGCAGCCGCAACGUCGCUUCCUGAGAACCAGCUCAAGCGUGUACUCCGCUAUACGAUGCUCAACGGCUAUUUCUUUGAGCCAUCCACGGGCCAAGUUGCACAUUCAGCGAUGUCACUGCUCUUAGCUAGCAGCCCUUCAAUCCAGGACUACGUCAGCCACGCCAUCGAGUUUAGCUACCCAGUCAGCACAAAAAUGGUCGAGAUGACGGAACAUUACAAAGGUAGUGAUGCCAAGAACGAAACGGCCUUUAAUGUUGCUUUUCAGACGCCCUUGCCAAUGUUCGCUUGGCUCAAAGGCGAACCUGAGCAUAGUGAGCGCUUUGGGAGACUCAUGGGUGCUAUGAGAGCCGCACCCAUCUACUCAGUUGAUCAUCUAGUAAAAGGGUACGAUUGGGGUUCUCUUGGUGCUGCUAAAGUUGUCGAUGUAGGAGGCAGUCUCGGCCACGCUAGUCUCGCAGUAGUCGACAAGUACCCCGAUUUGAACUUUGUAGUUCAGGAUCUACCUGAGGUUGUCGAGCAAGGCAGGGCCAAGAUGCCAGAUUCGUCGGCGAAGAAGCUGGAGUUCAUGGGCCAUGACUUUUUCAACGAGCAGCCGAUCAAGGACGCUGAUGUGUUCCUCUUGCGCCAAAUCCUACACGACUGGGCUGAUGCUGAGGCAAUUACCAUACUCAAGAAUCUUGUCGUAAGCAUGAAAGCAGGCUCUAAGAUCCUCAUUAUGGACCAAGUUGUGCCCCCACCAGGUCUGUUACCAACGAUUGUUGAGAAAGCGGGAAGAACGAUCGAUCUUGUAGUCAUGAGUCACUUCAACGGCAAGCAGCGGGACCUUGAGGACUGGAAGAAGAUAUUCUCUGCAGCGGAUGAUAGACUUGUUAUCACUAACCUUAUCGUCCAACCUGGUAGCGUGUUGUCGAUUAUCGAGCUCUCGCUUCAAGACGCAGCGGUCCCCAAUGGCCAUUCUACAGUAGCUGAGAAGCCAACGACGAAUACGGAGAAUACGGAAGAGACUUCUGGAACGGAACAAUCUGCUACGGCAGAAGUCAUCACGAAUGGAGCGCAGGUCGAGCAAGACAAGACGGAUGCUGCAAAACCUGUCGAUGAACCUUCCACUGAGCCAAGUGUUGAGCCUGUGGCAACAAGUGACAGCACAGAGCGAAGUACGAAUCCGACACCGACCGCAGUGUGAGAAGUCAAAUGCGUUUCUCUAAGUAUUCUCGACCUCGUCCUAUUGCAUCUAGUGGAGCUGUCUGUGUGCGACGUAACAUUGACAAACUCGAACAAAGCUAUUUGAGCGAUUGUCAAAUACAUUCUCCCUACCGUUUGUUUAGCCGACUGAAGACGUUCGAACAUAGUGAGCAUUCAAUGAGUUGGAUUUUUUUCGGUACACAACUCUCAUAGGUCUAUCUCUCAUAGUCGAACGAUAGUAUUAUGUGUCCUGUUUAUGCUCCAGCGCGCUUUCCAAUUUAUUUCGUGCACAGAAGUGGUCCUCCAAGGAGCUUGGUGGCUUGAUAUCAAAACCCAGGUCUGAAGCUCAUUCCCGCCCAUUAUGCAGUCAAACGAAGGGAUUGAUAUAGCGUCACGCUCGGCGCUCUCUGUAUAGUGUAAACGAGAAUUUCUCUCCAUGCAGACACAAUUCGAAU